AUGGCUGUUGCUAACAAAUCUAACACACAAACUCUCGCUAAAUACCUUUCUCUCGAUCAAGGUGGUAAAAUCCAAGCUGAAUACAUUUGGAUUGACGGCAAUGGUGGACUUCGUGGAAAAACCACAACUCUUGAUUUUAAACCAACCGAUGUUUCCGAAUUAAAAGAAUGGAAUUUUGAUGGUUCUUCAACUAACCAAGCUCCAGGAGAUGACUCUGACAUUUUACUUCGCCCUGUUGCAAUCUUUAAGGAUCCUUUCCGUGGUGGUGAUAACAUCUUGGUCCUCGCUGAAUGUUAUAAUAAUGAUGGAACUCCAAACCGAACAAAUUAUCGUCAUUCCUGUGCUAAAAUUAUGUCGGCUCAUUCUGAAGCCAUACCUUGGUUUGGUAUUGAACAAGAAUAUACCUUGUUCGAUAUGGACGGUCAGGUGCUUGGAUGGCCAAAAGGUGGUUUCCCAGGUCCCCAAGGUCCUUAUUAUUGUUCCGUUGGUGCUAAUGUAGCUUUUGGGCGCGACGUCGUUGAAGCUCAUUACCGUGCUUGCCUUUACUCCGGUGUCACAAUUUCGGGUGUCAAUGGUGAAGUCAUGCCUGGUCAAUGGGAAUUCCAAGUUGGUCCUUGUGAAGGAAUUGAUAUGGGAGAUCAUCUUUGGGUAUCUCGUUAUCUCCUUCAACGUGUAGCAGAAGAUUUCGGUAUAGUUGUUUCCUUCCAUCCAAAACCAAUCAAAGGAGAUUGGAACGGUGCAGGAUGCCACACCAAUUAUUCAACACAAGCAAUGAGAGAAGAAGGUGGAAUAAAAGCAAUUCAUGAUGCAAUUGAUAGAAUGGGUAAACGUCACGCAGAACACAUCGCCGUAUAUGGCGAGGAUAAUGACAAACGUCUUACCGGUCGUCACGAGACCGGUCAUAUUUCACAAUUCUCAUUUGGUGUAGCGAAUCGUGGUGCCUCAAUUAGAAUUCCAAGACAUGUUGCCGCUCAAGGAAAAGGUUAUUUAGAAGAUCGUAGACCAGCUUCCAAUAUUGAUCCUUAUCGUGUUACUGAAGUUUACUAG